AUGUACUGUUCCAAACUUCGAAGUCAGCUUGCCAAUCAGGAGUCGAAGAAGCGUGGAGGGAAAGAUAGUGGAAAGAUUCUUGGAGACAGCUUACCACGGUUGUUAUCGGGGGAUGAGUUUUAUGAGCGGGUUGUUGAGUUCGAAGAAGCUCAGAAGAGAGCAGCAACCGAGAAGUGCACCCGAGUGGAAGAACACAAGAGAAGGGCAGAGACUUUGGCAGAGUGGAAGAAACUGGAGGAUGCAAGAAAGGAGGAAAACAAGGCACGGCGGGAUCAUUAUCACAUGGCCAUAGAGGUUUGGCAAGUCGAGAAGGCUCGUGCGUGA